GGUCACAAACGUCAAAGUAGGCACUGUCAGGUUUGUUGUGGUUGUGAAUGCGGGCACAUGCCAAAGAAAAGGAAAAUUAUUUGCUAAAUUAUUCCUGAUUUUCCGAAAUCAAUUCCAGUACUGCAAGCAAAUUCAAGAACGCAUUUGUUCUAGGACGCCGGAAUGUCUGUUACACAACGAGUGCAGCAAUGGGCUACAUUCGCCAGAACAUGGCACAUAUUCGAUUGCACCUGGCAAAACCCAUUCGAGGCUGCAUCGUUGAUAAGGAAACAUUUGAUGGGUUUGCAUAAACCAAUCUACCAUCCUAUGAAUGAUUGCGGUGAUCACGUUGUGGUAAUCAACACGGCUGAAAUUGCGCUUCCCGGCGACGAAUGGAAAAAGCGUGCCUACUUUCACCAUACCGGAUACGCGGGCGGAGCAAGCUGGACACUGGCAUGGCAACUGCACGAGAAAGAUCCAACAAUGAUUAUGAAGAAAGCCGUGUACCGUGCAAUGAAGGGAAACCUACAGCGUCGACACACGAUGCAAAGGCUCCAUCUGUUCAAGGACGCCGAAGUGCCGAAGGAAGUGCUUGAGAACGUUACCAACCAAAUACGUCAACCGCGGCGUGUUCCAGAACGGUUGGACCACAUCGAUCCAGAAUUGGUUCGCAAUUUCCCGAAGAUUAUGGACUACCCGAAGGAUUACAUUCUGCGAUAAGUAAUCGUCGCGUAAUGUGCUUUAGUUUUACCCUCCGGCGGUUAGCAAUAAAACAGAUCGUGCAUGUAUACAACAGUA